AUGUUGACAAGCAAAACUCUCUACACUAUCCUAGCAGGUCUGGCGGUUACUCAUGCGGCUGUUCUGCCCCGGAGUAACGUGGAAUACGAUCUUCAGUCCGGUGCGAAAUCCAAGAUCAACGGAGAAGCUCCUGUCGCUGUGUCUUUGGAGUUUUUCGCGUUUCCGGGCUAUGUCCAGAAUGUCGGAUCAACAGCCCAAUGCUUGAAAAACCUCGGAGACGCGGCGGGCUCACCCACAAGAGUGCGGGUUGGCGGUACUACUCAAUUCUUUGACCUUGCCGGAGCCCUGGAAGGUCCUGCCACCAUUGGGCUGAAUAGGCGACUCAAUACCAUCAACAACACGAUCGCCGCUGCCAAAAAAGCGGUUCAGAAGAUGUCUAACUUAUUCGCUUUCGAACUUGGAAAUGAGCCAGAUUUAUACGUUCAGGCCGAUCCUAUUGCGAACAAUCAAACGUGGACUCCAGCACUCGAUGCUGGGAUUCAAGUAAGCUGGCAGAAACAAGUCGGUGACGCCCUGGGGCAGAAAGACAUCAUCCAAGGAGGAGUAUUCUUGCAGCCUCCGAAAUUCUCAAUCCAGGAAUUGGGUCCUGUGGAGCAAAGCUCAGGCUCCAUUGACUACGUCAGAUCAUGGGCAGAUCAUUCAUACCCGCAAUCAGCGUGUGGGACCUCGAAGACUAAUUUGGAAACCUUGCAGAACCAUACAACUAUUGUGAAUUAUGUCAAAACCUUCCAGCCUGAAGUAGACGCUGCCAGAAGCCUAGGAGACAGACCUCUAGUCUUUGGCGAAACUAAUUCCGCAACUUGUGGAGGCGGGGGUAUCUCCCCAACGUUCGGCGCAGCUCUUUGGCUCAUGGACUACACCUUGCAAAGCGUCAAAUUGGGCUACGAGAGGUUGCAUUUCCACCAAGGCACAAUCGACUACAGUCCUUAUAGUUGGUGGGGAACGAAAUAUGUCUUUGCUCCGUAUUAUGGUGCAUACUUCGCUGCAAGUGCUCUUGAAGGGAUGUCAUCGAUCUCGCAAAUCGACGACGGGUCCACCGAGCUUGGCGUGUACUCAUUUUGGAAUCAAGAUCAGUUAUCUCGUGCGGUUAUAUACAAUAGUGUCUUCUACCCUAAUACCACAACGGUAGCCAGGCCUUACCAGGAAGUCGUACUAAGCAAUAUUCCAAAGGGGUGUCACCAAGCUAUCGUCAAAAGGUUAUCCGCACAAUAUUCUACAUCCCAACAAGAACUUGGCCAAGUGCCAACAUAUGCAGGUCAGUCAUUCGCAAACUCCACCUGUAUAAUCGAAGGGGACGAGCAAGUUGAAAAAGUCAAAAUCAACAACGGAAAGGCUGUUAUAUCAGUCGGCGCAUCGGAAGCAGUACUGGUUUAUUUCGUUUAA